CUUUCUCUUUUUUCUCUCUCAAUUUUGAGUUUCAAAUGUGAAAAAAAAAACCUCCUCUUUGGGUUCUGCAUUAAAGAACCAACCUUUCUCCCUCCAUUAAUUUUCUCUUUUGCAUUUUUCAAGUGAAAAAUCUGAUGGCACAAAGGGAGGAACAAGGGUGGCCAUUAGGGCUGGAGCCAUUGAAUGCAAGGAUUGGGUUGGUGAGGAACCAUGAAUUCUCUGGUUCCAUUUCCUUCACCACUUUGCUCACUGCUUCUUCCCCUACUUCUUGUUUUUCUUCUUCUUCGGACCUUGAUACUGAGUCCACUGGUUCUUUCUUCCAUGACAAAAGCAUACCCUUAGGGACUCUCAUAGGACUUUCAAGCUUUCUAGAGCUAUCAAGUAGAUCAUCAACAAGGCAAAGAACUACACAAUCCUCAACAAACCAUAACAAUGGUUACAAAUCCAGGCCAUGGCCGUUCUCAUUAUGUCCGAAGCUAACCACCGAUGCUGUUUACACCAGCAACAAAUCUCGGUCCCUCGGUCAUUUCCUUGCAGUAGAAAGGCGAGCUGCGACGGGCAAUAUUGGCAGAAGGGAUCGAACCAGUGUUGGAGAAAGACCUGUCGGAGAUUUAUCACCGGUAAUGCUUAAUACGGAACAGAAUUCACUCUUUGUCAGUGACCGGAUUGCUCCUCGUAUUGAUGGUCGGAAACCUGCAGAUAGGGGACUGUUGGAACAUGGUCAUGGCUAUGGAGUUCCUUUAUUGCUUUCAUGCUUGUGCAGACAACUCAUGAAAUGAGAGCUUCUUCACUGACUUUUUAAUGGACUCUUUCAAACAAAUAAUCGAUUAAAUUUUUAAAUUUCAAAUUAAAUAAUUUAUUGAGUGUUUGAAUUAA